UCUCGUUUCUGUGUACGGACGUCGCGCGCGCUCUGCUAUUUUAUUAUUUGGAAUUUUCCAAUUCACUGAACAUCGGCGGUCGUAAGUUUUACAAACAGAUUUGCGUCCGUUUCGAAUUUUUUCGCAAACUUAGCGCCAAAUACGAAAGUCGAAGAGUCGCCGUCGACGUCGAUAAGGUCGCGAAUCGCUUGGCGCGCGAACGCUACCCGCCCGAGUUGGAACGCCGCGCUCGUCUAUGAUACGAUGAGGACACGGCGCACCGCUCCAAUCGGCCGAGUUUCACGUAGAAAAUUAUGACAGCUCAAAACCGUCACAAGAAAUAAUGUCGUUUUUAUUACAUUUUUUGAUAAAUUAUUAUUCUAGUUGUGAUCCGACGAUCGUUCGGCGGCCUUAUCGAUUUUCCUAUUUAGCGCGCGACUGUAUUUUGUACUUUUUCGAAAGGUCCGCAUGCGAGUGUCUAGGCGCUUUCGAAAAACGUUUUACUCGUAUUUUCUCGCGGCGAACGGACGUCGUGCGCGGUGCCGUAAAUUGGUAAUAAUUCCGUUCAUUACACGGUAAUACGCCGCUCGAAUAUGGGUUAGUGCUUCGAUGGGAGUAACGAGACGGUUUCGAUGUCUACAGUGCUACGUUUGAAAUGUUUGUUACAGUGCGUGUUUUUACUGUUUUGUUUGUCUAAUAGUUGUGUCUAGUGCAUUCCGUGCGGGAAAGCAUUCGGCAGAAUUGUGUUUUUAUGUUGUGACGGAUGUCUGGGGGACGAAGCGGCGGGUUACGACGCAGCCGAGAUCGCAUGUCGGCUGGCCACCCGUCUGUUGCUUGGACUGGUCGCAGUUGCACGUAUCUGUGACCAAGCAAGAACAUUCCACUAUUCACGUAUGGACAGAAGAUAGUUAAGUCCUUAUGAUACCAAAGUUCUAGACGCAAGCGUGGCGAAGUUGUGGAAAAUGGUGCCCCAGCAGUACUGUUUGCGGUGGAAACACCACCACACCAAUGUGCAGAAUAUGUUCGCACAACUACUGGAGAAAGAGCGAUUCUGCGACGUAACACUGUACUGUUCGCCCAGUUUUGCGACACAAGUACCCAACAAGGAUACCGUUGAGCCAGAGAAAAUACGCGGCGUCUCGCUUAGGGCACAUAGAGUGGUGCUCGCGGCAUGCUCGGAACUGCUGGCUGCACUGCUGGGCGCUCACGAGGCGCAUGGCGAGCCAGUACUGGUGAUUGACGGGGCUGAACCGCGGCAUCUACGCGCGCUCCUCGACUACAUGUAUACUGGGGAAAUGAGCGUGCAUCACUCACAGUUGGCGAGUCUAUUGAAGACGGCAGAGGAGCUGAGGAUCAAGGGUCUGACGGAUAUACGGUGGAGUAACAAAGAUGAACCUCCCGAUUGUGAAUCUGGCGUUGUAACCACUACAACUAUGAAUAAAUCCCCGAUAGCCGAGAAGCAACAAGAAAAGACUAGCGUAGAGAGACGCACGCCAGAGUUCAGACACGAGAGACCGGUGGAGACCAGACCUGAGAGGCCUAUCGAGUCCAGACCUGAGACCACAGAGACCAGGUUUGGGACUAAACAGGAUUCGGAGACGAGCGUUACAGAAACAAGUAAUAAAGAAACUAAAUCAACGGAGAAAUUUAAUGUUAAUGGAGGACCUCCGCCUUUAAUAAAGCUACCAUUGAUUGAAAAAACAAGUCCAGUGAAAAGAGAAACGGAUACAAAAAGUCCAAGUCCUAAGAGAAAACGUCUUACCAGCGGAACUGAACACACUGACGAAGGAUCGUUAACGCCUAAAACGGAAGGGGAAUGGCAGCAUGGGAAUUUGGAUAUAUCAGCAGAACGAGUUGUCAGUUGGGGCGCUGGUGACAGUGGUGAGUGGUCACGCGAUGCGUCAGAUGAUGAAUGGGCUGACGCACCAGCAGACAUUGGCUCCUUUCUGAGUACCAGUCUACGUGUGGACGGCGAUAAUAGCGCUGAAGAUUCAGAAGACAGCACAGCUCACACCGGGUCCAGUUCGACAGUGACCACUGCCUGUCCAGCGGGGCCCGCCGGUGAGCCAUUCACUCUCAUACCAAAUCCGAACCCGACGGGUAAAAGUAAACAAAUAGACCCGCGCUUCACCGACGUCGUCAAACUGAACGAUUAUCUGCAGCACGGCAGAAGACCGCAGUUCUGGGAGGAGAGCUACGUCAAAAAGGUGAUGGAGGCUGUGAGACUCAAGGAGUUGGAGAUGAAGCACGCGGCGGAGCUGCUCGGAGUCAGCUACGGCACUUUGUACGGCCGGUACAGAGAUGUGUACGGCUGCAUCAACAGACCAUACCGUGUGUGCAGUACACGUGAGCUGUGGCACGCUGGACCUGCAGAUGUACUGGAGCGGCUGCAGCGCGGUGAGGUGACGCGGGAGGCGGCCGCACUCGCCCUGGGGGUGUCGCCCGCCAACCUCGCCGCUUACGUACUAGACCUAGCUGCUGAUAAAGAAUUCGAGCCGAUACCUAUAGAAAUGGACUCUUCUGUCAAAAUGCGCACCCGCACCGUCAGCGGAGCGACCGCCCCCAAGCCGCGCAAGUCACCGCAUAAUGACAGGCAGAGUAAGAAAUCAUUGGGCAAUGUGACAGAUGAGGAGAGCGGAGCUGCGAGUGCGCACGACAAGUGUCAGUAUACACAGGCAGCGUCCAGUGGUAAAUGGCCGUCAAUUCGAGUGGCGUCAAUAGAGUCGCUACGCGAAGCCUCCGCGUCGGGUGCUUCGCCCUCACCCUCGCCCUCCGCCCUCAUGCGCACGCGCCCCGACCUCACUAUAGUCGCAGCGCGCCGCCGAGAUGAAGACAACUAGACAGACAAACUUAUCUGACCCGGUUGUUAUAAUUAUGACAGCACACUAGCGCCCCCCUGUCAAUGUCACAAUUUUACUGUAACUGUCUUGAAAAAGAUCUUAUGGCAGUUGGAAAAUAUUUGAACUGACAAUUUCUUGACAGCGUCAUAUUUUGACCAAUCAGA